AUGCCAGCCAACCAACAAGACCAAGCCCCCCUAUACUCGAGUGAGGUGAAAGUCGUGGCGCCGAAGCCUAUACGGCCACUUCCCUCCUCCUACCUUCUCAUUCCCGCGCUAGAGGUUGCGGCGCCGUCUCUAACGCCGGCAUUGCCGGACCUAUCGAGCAUUAAGCUCGAGGAGGUGCAGCCCGAUGAGUUGAACCAGAGCCGCUUCCGGUCAUUUCUACGGCUGAGUAGCGUGGAACCGCCUACUCUGCUAAGAAGACGAGUGUCUACGGGUCUCAUCCGUCGCUGGGGUAAAGGCCAAUGUGAUACUGAAAAAAUUACCUAUGAGGAGAAUUUGAAUAAGACGCAACAGCAACGACACGUCUCUGUUGAAGCUUGA